UAAGAUGUUGUUGAUGUGUGUAAAUGUUGUGAUUUGCAGGUGAUGCUGAAGGAUUGAGUGUUUUCUGAUCAGUUUUCAGGGUCAGUUUAGCUGCAGUAUGUCAGAGGAAAGAGGAAAGGACUCUCUCUCUCAGAUGAGUCUCUCAGAGAAACACAGUGUAAGAUCAGGCUCACAUGUGUCCAGCUCUGUGUCUCUGAAGAGUGAUUGGUCUAAAGAUAUUCCACCAGACUUCAGUGAGAAAACACCAUCAUCUAAUAAAAGUGUAAGAUCAGGCUCACAUGUGUCCAGCUCUGUGUCUCUGAAGAGUGACUGGUCUAAAGAUUAUCCACCAAACUUCAGUGAGAAAACACCAUCAUCUUAUAAAAGUGUAAGAUCAGGCUCACAUGUGUCCAGCUCUGUGUCUCUGAAGAGUGAUCACUCUAAAGGUGAAGGACCAAACGUCAGUGAGAAAACACCAGCAUCUAAUAAAAGGCUUCAAUAUGAGACAUUAGACUCAGACCUUCAGACCCACAGGAACCACGAGAAUUUUAAAGACAAUCUUCUUGGGAUCUUCCAGGAUCUUGAGAGCAAAAUAAUCGCAUUUCUGAAGAAUGAGCUGGAGAAGUUAAAGAAAAUUUUACAACAUGAGAAGAACACACAACACUUUGUGAAGGACUUUAAUGAGAACAGAUCCAGUAUCAAAUCAGCAGCUCUUGAUCUCACACUACAUUACCUGAGAGAGAUGAAGCAAGAUGAAGCUGCUGAUGCUCUAGAAGGUGAGCUGUUCUUCAUUCAUCAGCUGAAAUGUGGCCUAAAGAAGAAGUAUCAAUGUGUGUUUGAAGGAAUGGCGAAGCAAGGUGACUCCACACUCCUGAAUAACAUCUACACAGAUCUCUACAUCACUCAGGGUGGCAGUGAACAGGUCAAUACUGAACAUGAGGUGAGACAGAUUGAAGUUGCUUCCAGACGUCAUGAAGCACAAGAGAUACAGGUUAAAUGCACACAUUUGUUUGAAGCGCCUGAACAAGACGAGGAGAUCCGAACUGUACUGACAAAAGGAGUCGCUGGCAUCGGGAAAUCAGUCUCUGUGCAAAAGUUUGUUCUGGACUGGGCUGAAGGAAAAGAAAAUCAAGAUAUCAGCUUCAUAUUUCCUCUUCCAUUCAGAGAGAUCAACUUAAAGGAGAAAGAAAAACUAAGUUUGAUGGACCUCAUAACUCAGUUUUUCCCAGAGACAAAAGGACUGAACCUCACAAGAAGGAAUCAGUUCAAAGUGCUGUUCAUCCUUGAUGGAUUGGACGAAUGUCGCCUUCCUCUGAAGUUUGAUUGUAAUGAGACGUGGCGUGAUGUAUCGUCACCAGCCUCUCUGGAUGUUCUCCUAACGAACCUCAUGAAGGGAAAUCUGCUUCCUUCUGCUCUCGUCUGGAUCACCAGCAGACCAGCAGCGGCCAGUAAGAUUCCUCCUGACUGUAUCGACCGGCUGACAGAGAUACGAGGAUUCAGCGACGCACAAAAGCAAGAGUACUUCAAAAAAAGAUUCAAGGAUGAUAUUCAAGCCAACACAAUCAUAGAUCAUGUUAAACAAUCAAAGAGUCUCUUUAUCAUGUGCCACAUCCCAGUCUUCUGCUGGAUUUCAGCCACUGUUCUCCAGAACAUUCUGGAGGAGAAGAGAAAUAAUGAUGUAAGAAACACUCAGGCUGAUGAGAUCUCUAAAACACUGCAGGAAUCAAACACUGAAGACACUCCCAAGACUCUGACACAAAUGUACACACACUUUCUCCGCUUUCAGAUCCAGCAGAGCCGCCGGAAAUAUGAUGGAGAAUACACACCAGAUGUUUCCUGGGAUAAAGACGCCAUCCUUUCACUGGGGAAACUGGCAUUUCAUCAUCUGGAAAGAAACAACCUGAUCUUCUAUGACACAGACCUGGAAGCCUGUGGUCUUGACGUCUAUAAGGCAUCAGUGUACUCAGGCAUGUGUACCCAGAUCUUUAAGAAGGAAACAGGGAUCGUUCUUGGUACCAUGUACUGCUUUGUUCAUUUGAGCAUUCAAGAGUUUAUUGCAGCCCUUUAUGCACAUCUGUUUCUAGACAUCAACAAGACAAGUGUGUUUGAUCAUGAGUCUACAGAACAGGAAAACAGAAAUGAAUCCAUGAUUGAUUUUCUCAAGACUGCUGUGGAUAAGGCGCUGGAGAGUGACAAUGGACACCUGGACCUUUUCCUUCGCUUCCUCCUCGGUCUGUCACUCCAGUCCAAUCGACGACUCUUACGAGGUCUGUUGACACAGCGAGACGACACUGACCAGAGCAACAAGGGGAAAGUUCGACGACUCUUACGAGGUCUGUUGACACAGCAAGAUGACACUAACCAGAGCAACAAGGAAAUAGUUCAGUACAUCAAGCAGAAAUUAGAAGCUAAUCUUCCUGCAGAGAGAUCCAUCAAUCUGUUCUACUGUCUGAAUGAACUGAACGACCAAACUCUGGUGAACGAGAUUCAGACCCACCUUAGCAAAGGAAGUCUCUCAACUGGUGACCUUUCACCUGCCCAGUGGUCUGCUUUAGCCUUUGUGUUGUUGACAUCAGAGGAAGAGCUGGAGGAGUUUGAGCUUCAGAAAUUCAAGAAAUCAGACGAGUGUCUCAUUAGAUUAUCGGCAGUCAUCAAAACCUCCAGAAGAGCCCUGUUAAAUGAUUGUAACUUAACAGACAAAAGCUGUUCAGCUCUGGCUGCAGUUCUUGGAUCAGAGACCAAUCUGAAAGAGCUGAACAUGAACAAUAAUAAUCUGAAGGAUUCAGGAGUGAAGCUGAUCUGCACUGGACUGAAGAAUAUAAAGUGUAAAUUGGAGAUACUAAGGUUAAGAUGCUGUUAUAUGACAGAUGAAGGUUGUUCUGAUGUGACUUCAGCUCUGAAAUCAAACCCGUCACACCUGAGAGAGCUGAACCUGAGCGAGAAUAAUCUAGGAGACUCUGGAGUGAAAAACCUCAGUGAUCUACUGAUGAACCCACAAUUCAAGCUGGAGAAACUACAGUUAAGAUACUGUGAUAUGACAGAUGAAGGUUGUUCUGAUGUGACUUCAGCUCUGAAAUCAAACCCGUCACAUCUGAGAAAGCUGGACCUGAGCAGGAAUAAACUAGGAGACUCUGGAGUGAAAAACCUCAGUGAUCUACUGAUGAACCCUCAAUUUAAGCUGGAGAAACUACAUCUAUAUGACUGUGGCAUUACAGAUGUUUCUUCUUUAACUCAGUCUUUGACUAACUCAAAAGCACUGCAGUUUUUAAAAGAGCUUGAUCUGAGACAGAAUAAGAUCAGAGACUCAAAGCAGCGGCUCAGAGACGAGCUACGAGACUCAAACUGUGUCCUGAGUGUAGAUGAAGAUUGAUCAUAAAACGUCAGUGGAUUUACAUCAUGGUUUAAAUCUGUGAGACGGAGAGAGGAGC